AUGGACGCCGCACCCUCUCCAACAUCUUCAGAAUCCAGUUCGCCCUUCUUCGCCUCCUCACCCAGCUUCCCCCCCGUUCCAGACCACAUCAUCGUCACUUUUGACGGCAAAGUCCGCGAAAUGCUACGGAUAACGAGAGACGAGGUUGAAGAGGAACAACGACGGAGUAGACCGCCCGUGCCUUCAAGACCGAGAUACUAUGCUGCAAAUACACUAUCGAGACCCGCGCUGGACUGA